AUGUCAUCGUUUUCUACGUCUCUCUCCCGCACCACCUCCUCUCCUCUAUUCCCGAAUCAUUCUUCUCUCAUCAACAGCGACACAUCACGACGCUCACUCUCAUUCCCUCAGGGGCUUAAUCUGGAUGAGCUCUGUGUUAGAUCUCAGAGGAAGCUCGUCCAGAGCUCCGUUGUAUUGGGAGAUGGCGCAGUAAUCACUAAGUCAAGCUCGGCUGAGUUAAAAGACGCACCUUUAUCGAUUCCCUCACAAGUAGUAGCAGACAAGCUUGUGAUAGAGUCUGUUGGUGGUGAACAGCAGUCAACGGUUAGUAUCACGGUGGUGGGAGCCUCUGGUGAUCUUGCUAAGAAGAAAAUAUUCCCAGCUCUGUUCGCACUUUACUAUGAAGGCUGUCUUCCUGAGCAUUUUACAAUAUACGGCUAUGCAAGGAGUAAGAUGACAGAUGCUGAACUUAGAGACAUGGUCAGCAAAACAUUGACUUGUAGAAUUGAUAAAAGGGAAAACUGCGGUGAGAAGAUGGAAGAGUUUCUUAAGAGAUGUUUUUACCAUACGGGUCAGUAUGAUUCUCAGGAACAUUUUGUUGCUCUUGACAAGAAGCUCAAGGAGCAUGAGGGUGGAAGACUCUCGAACCGCCUUUUCUAUCUUUCAAUCCCUCCAAAUAUCUUUGUCGACGCUGUUAAAUGUGCAAGCUCUUCUGCUUCAUCUGUCAGUGGAUGGACUAGGGUCAUUGUCGAGAAACCUUUUGGCCGGGAUUCCAAAACCUCAGCUGCUUUAACAAAGUCCCUUAAGGAGUACCUGGAAGAAGACCAAAUAUUUAGGAUAGACCAUUACUUAGGAAAGGAACUCGUGGAGAACUUGUCAGUUCUUCGAUUCUCAAAUCUUAUAUUUGAACCACUAUGGUCAAGGCAGUACAUACAGAACGUGCAGUUCAUAUUCUCUGAGGACUUCGGCACUGAAGGACGUGGAGGGUACUUCGACCAUUAUGGAAUAAUAAGAGAUAUAAUGCAGAAUCAUCUCCUUCAGAUAUUAGCUCUUUUCGCCAUGGAAACACCUGUUAGUUUGGAUGCAGAAGAUAUCAGAAAUGAGAAGGUAAAGGUUUUACGUUCAAUGAGGCCAAUACAACUUGAAGAUGUGGUGAUAGGACAGUACAAGAGCACCACCAAAGGAGGAGUCACUUAUCCAGGCUAUACAGAUGAUAAAACUGUCCCAAAAGAUAGUUUGACACCUACAUUUGCAGCUGCUGCACUCUUCAUCGACAAUGCAAGAUGGGACGGUGUACCUUUUCUUAUGAAAGCUGGGAAAGCAUUACACACCCGGAGUGCGGAGAUAAGAGUGCAGUUCAGGCAUGUGCCUGGAAAUUUAUAUAACCGGAACUCUAGUACUAGUCUUGACCGGACUACAAAUGAGCUUGUCAUCCGUGUCCAACCAGAUGAAGGCAUCUAUUUGAAAAUCAACAACAAGGUUCCUGGUUUAGGAAUGAGAUUAGAUCAGAGUAACUUGAACCUUCUCUAUUCAGCAAGGUAUUCAAAGGAGAUCCCAGAUGCAUAUGAGAGACUUUUGCUGGAUGCAAUCGAAGGGGAACGAAGGUUGUUCAUAAGAAGUGAUGAACUUGACGCUGCUUGGGCGCUUUUCACUCCAUUGCUCAAAGAGAUAGAAGAAAAGAAGACAAUCCCAGAGUUCUAUCCUUAUGGCAGUCGUGGUCCAGUUGGUGCCCAUUAUCUAGCUGCAAAACACAAUGUCCAAUGGGGAGACCUUAGCCUCGACCAGUGA